AUGGCAUCCUCGGUUUUCUACAAAUUCAAGUCUCAGAAGGACGAGUCGAGGGUAACAUUCGAUGGUACCGGAAUCUCCGUGUUUGACUUGAAGAAAGAGAUCAUCUUGGCCAAUAACCUUGGUAAAGCUAAUGACCUUGACCUCGCUGUUCUUGACAGCUCUUCUGGCGAAGAGUAUAAGGACGACUCGUAUAUCAUACCUCGCUCAUCUUCGGUGAUUGUGAAACGCGGUUUCGCGCGACCUGGGAAGGGUAAAGCUGCAAUGUACAUUGCUGGUACAGGUAGUUCUUCCACUUCGGCUGCACCGAAUUCUGCCGCGAAGUCCACGCCAAGUGGAUCCAACUCUUGGCAUAGGGCCCCAGGUAACAUCUCAAAGCGCUUUGAUUUCAAAGAAAAAGAAGAAUACGCCACUGUCUCUCCGACCCCGCCCAAACCUGCUGCAAUUACUGUCAAGUCUGCUGUCACCAAGGAGGAUGAAGCCGCUGCAAUGGCGGCCAUGUUCCAAGCGCAGACAACGAAUUGGGAGGAAACCCAAGAAAAGAUGUCUCAUGCGGUGCGCAUUUAUACCAAUCCUCGUGGGACUGCUGGUCGUGGAGGCAAGCCGUUCCAUGGUUCACACCACCAUCAACCUGAACGUCCUCUGCCGCCGAGUUACGUCUGCUAUCGUUGCGGUCAGAAAGGUCAUUGGAUCCAAGAUUGUCCAACGAACAACGACCGCGAAUAUGACAAUAGACCACGUAUCAAGCGCACAACAGGUAUCCCUCGUAGUUUCCUCAAGGCAGUCGAAUCACCCAGCGGCCAGCUCGGUCAGGGUGUGAUGGUCACUCCAGAAGGUGGCUAUGUCGUUGCGCAACCUGAUUCCGCGUCAUGGCAAAAGCAAGUUACUCGGCACAAAGGUCUGACAGAAGCCGACAUCCGCGAACGGACACCGAUAGAUACAAGCAUCGUGUGUCCCAUAGACAACAAGCUGUUCCGCGAUGCGGUGAAGACGCCAUGCUGCGGCACCCUGUACUGCGAGGAGUGUGUCCAAACCCAUUUGCUUGAACGAGACUUCAUCUGCCCGAACUGUGGAAGCAAGAUCUCUUCACUCGACAAGCUCAUCAUCGACAAGCCUAUGCGCACGAAAGUUGGCGACUACAUCGACAAGGAGGUCGAAAAGAGCCGGCACGAGGCCGAAGAGGAGGCACAGACAAGUACUCCGGAAGCAAGCAGCACAGACAAAAACGGUACUCCUGCAGAGCUCGCUGCAUUCGACCAAGAGGCAUAUGCAGAACAGCAGUCGAUGGGCGACAUAGACGUGUCGCAGAUCAUCGCCGACAGCAUUCCCCAACUUCAAGCGCAGAUCAACCAGAUCCAGAUCAUGUUGAACAACCCGUCUCUUCCGCCCCAGGUGCGUCAGCAGACGCAGAUGAAGCACCAGCAGCUGCAGAUGGAGCUCCAGCAGGCGCAGCUGGCUUCAGCGAUGGCGGCGACCUUCCAAUCCGGACAGGCCGCGGGCAUGUCGUUCAACAACAUGCAGGCGAUGCCAGGCUACCAGCAGGACUUCCGCCAGUGGACGAAUCCCUUCCCGAACCAGCAGCCUGCGGGCCAGGACUCGGCAUACCAACGGCUGCCGCUCAACAACAGACGGCGGAAUUUGAAGCGUGAUCGCCCGUCAGAUUUCUUAGAGGUUGGUGGCGAGAGCGAGCAGAAAAUGGGGAGAUACUGGGAGUAA